UAAAGACCGACACCCUUAAGCCCGUAUCAGACCCCGCGCGCAGCUCUCGCAGGCACAUAGCCUCACUUUGUUUACGUUUACAGCUCGUGCAUUUGACUGUUUUCGCGUUGAAAAGACGCGAUAGGAUGUUUAUGUAUAAGUACAAUUCUUAAGCUCUUAAAGAACGAAUUUGUAAAACUGCAGGAUCUCAGAAGAAUGACAUAAUUACGAUUGAUAAUACGUUACGUGUUCAUAAAAGCUGAGAUUUCUUCGAAGAUACCGGUAUUCUCUUAACUAUGCUCCAAUAAGUUUUUGUUUAAGUAAAGCAGUACUGUUAAAGCACAUCGAGGUUUACUGUGUUUGAAGCUGAUAAAAGGAUUUUUUACUUCACGAGAGAUAUAAAUAGAAUAGAAAAUAUAUUAGGGAAACAAGAUUCGGUCUCAUGAGUGAUAAGCAAGGAUUUAUUGCUGUACAUGUUGGUGCUGGGCAGCACUCGGCGUCGCUCAAAGAAAAGUAUCAAAAGUUAUGUCGCGACGCAUGCAAAGUGGGAGCUCAAAGUUUGAAAUCCAAUGGCAAUGCAUUAGACGCGGUGGUAGAGGCAGUGGUGGUAUUGGAAGAUUCUCCUAUGACAAACGCCGGAUUUGGAUCGAAUCUCACGUUGAACGGCACAGUGGAAUGCGACGCGAGUGUAAUGGACGGUAGCAGUUUGCAAUACGGUGCGGUCGGUGCGGUUAGCGGAAUAAAAAAUCCUGUCUUGUUGGCAAAGCGCUUGUGCGAGCAGCAGUCCAUUAAGUUUGCAUAUGGCAGAAUUCCUCCUAGCUUCUUGGUUGGAAAUGGUGCGCAUAUUUGGGCACACGAGAUGGGCAUACAGAUUUUACCACCAGAACAGUUAAUAUCAAUGAGAGCUCAAAAGAUAUACAAACAUUAUAAAAGAAAAGUAGAAAGCUGCAGUGUAGAGGUUCAAAAGUGUGCUAAGAAAAGGAUGGAUACAGUAGGUGCCAUAUGUGUUGACGACAGUGGAAACAUCGCUGCAGCUUGCUCGAGCGGUGGUAUAAUUUUGAAAUAUCCAGGAAGAGUUGGGCAGGCUGGAGUGUGGGGCUGCGGUACCUGGGCUUGCAAGGACACUUCGUAUUCAGUAGGCACCAGCACUUCGGGUUGUGGGGAACAUCUUGUGCGCACCUCGUUAGCGCGCACGGUUGCGGAAGCUAUUUCAGACACAACUUGCCCGACCACGAGUUUGCAUCGUGCGAUGAACACAGAUUUUAUCGAUUCGAAAUUUCUUUACGGACUUGAACAAAAGCUGGGUGGUGUCAUCGCUAUACGGUACUCGCCACAGGAGAGAUUAGGCGAUUUUCUCUGGAGCCAUUCUACAAAUUCUAUGAUAAUAGGUUACAUGAAUACAUGUGAACGUGCACCAAUGAGUUACAUGUCGGCCUUACCAUCACAUGAAGUAGGUAAGAAAGCUAUUGUCGAAGGCGUGUGCUUUAAAUUAACGGAACUCGAUAAAGACUGAGAUGAUUAUGUGUGUCAUCUCAUAU